GUUUAAACUAUUCCGUAAGUCUUCCGCGCAAGUUUCGUUCUUUUUAGAUCAAAACACCACACCCAGUUCAUAAAGUUCUUAUAUUGUUAUCAAAGAUGAAGGAUUCAGUUUAUUCUGUUAAGGGUCUUAGGAUCUUGAGCUUGAUAUUCACUUCUGUUGUUGUUGUUGCUGCUGCUGCGGUUUCUGAGGAUGAUGUGAAGUGCUUGGAGGGUGUCAAGGCUUCGCUUGGCGACUCCGGAGGGAGGCUAAGCGCGUGGAACUUCGCAAAUUCUUCAGUCGGUUUCAUCUGUGAUUUUACGGGUGUCUCGUGCUGGAAUACCCGUGAAAACCGGAUAAUCGACCUCCUACUUGGCGAAAUGGAACUUUCAGGACAAGUUCCGGAAUCAUUACAGUACUGUCAGAGCUUGCAGAGGCUGGAUUUUUCAUCUAACAAACUCUCAGGUAGUAUUCCUCCCCAGAUCUGUACCUGGAUGCCAUACUUGGUGACCCUGGAUUUGUCCAGCAAUGAUCUUUCUGGUCCUAUACCUUCUGAUCUGGUACAGUGUAGUUACUUGAAUAAUUUGAUACUGUCCAAUAAUCGGCUAUCCGGGACUAUACCACCCGAGUUUGUAAGUCUAGGUAGGCUGAAGAAGCUUUCAGUUGCGAAUAAUGAGCUUACUGGUAGAAUCCCAUCGUUCUUUGAUGGGUUUGAUUCCGCAGAUUUCACAGGGAACAAUGGACUCUGUGGGGGACCCCUUGGAAAGUGUGAUGGAUUGAGCAAGAGGAAUCUUGCAAUUAUUAUAGCUGCAGGAGUGUUUGGUGCGGCGGGAUCUUUAUUGUUGGGUUUUGGGGUGUGGUGGUCGUACCACUUGAAGUAUUCUAGGAGGAGAAGGGGUGGGUAUGGGAUUGGAAGAGGGGAUGAUACUAGUUUUGUUGAGAGAUUGAGGGCACACAAGCUUGUUCAAGUUUCUUUGUUUCAAAAGCCUCUGGUCAAGGUUAAAUUGGCUGAUUUGUUGACAGCCACAAACAAUUUCAAUCCAGAAAAUGUUACAACUUCGACUAGGACCGGUACUACUUAUAAGGCUGUUCUUUCUGAUGGAUCAGUGCUUGCAGUCAAGAGGCUUAAUACUUUUAAGCUUGGGGAGAAGCAGUUUCGUUCAGAAAUGAUGCAAUUAGGACAGCUUAGGCACCCCAAUUUGGCACCCCUUUUGGGUUUUUGUGUUGUAGAGGAUGAGAAGCUUCUGGUUUAUAAGCAUAUGUCUAAUGGAACUCUGUAUUCGUUGUUGCAUGGAAAUGGGGAUCCAUUAGAUUGGCCAACCAGAUUUAGGAUUGGUUUGGGUGCUGCUAGGGGUUUAGCAUGGCUUCACCAUGGAUGCCAGCCCCCAAUCCUGCAUCAGAACAUAUGUUGCAAUGUGAUUUUAGUGGAUGAUGAUUUUGAUGCUAGGAUUAUGGAUUUUGGAUUGGCAAGGCUCAUGACUUCUUUGGAUUCUAAUGAGAGCAGUAGUUAUGUCCAUGGUGAAUUAGGCGAAUUAGGUUACAUAGCACCGGAGUAUUCAAGCACUAUGGUUGCUUCACUAAAAGGGGAUGUUUAUGGGUUUGGGGUAGUGUUACUGGAGCUUGUGACAGGGCAAAAGACGCAUGAGGUUAGUGUUGCAGAAGGAGGAUUAAAGAGUAACUUGGUGGAUUGGGUUAAUCAGCUCUGUAAUUCAGGUCGAUCUAAGGAUGCAAUUGACAAGGCUCUUUGUGGAAAGGGACAUGAUGAAGAAAUCUUGCAGUUCCUAGUAAUUGCAUGUAAUUGUGUGGUUUCUUGGCCUAAGGAUAGAUGGUCAAUGUACCAGGUUUACCAAUCACUAAAGAACAUUUCUGAGGAUCAAGGGUCAUCUGAACAGUAUGAUGAAUUUCCACUUCUUUUCCAGAAGCAAGAAAAUGAAUCGGUUCAGCUUUGGAGCAAAACGAAAGAGCAUGACGGGGGCAAGGAUUUUCCAUUGAUUUUGUACACAUGUGAGUAAGUUCUCAAUGUCACUUGAUGUAAAUGUCUCUCAAUUUCUAUUUUUAGGCUUUUAGCUGCCUUUUCCAUUUGUUGUAUAUUGCUGUCUGAUGCUAUAAACUCCUUAAAUUGGAAAUUGUUGCUCUUUAUUUCCACUGCGUUUUGGCAGCAAGAUAAUGAAGCAUGACAAAGUGGUAAUCAACAUGGGAAUGUUACUUAAAUGUUGUUUCGAUUUCUAA